CACAUGUUAACAAAGUUAUCGCCGAAUUUUCCAACUCAAAACAUUACUUUCCUCCCUCUCUCCCUCCCCUUGUCUCGUUGUCGCAAAGACCCUCCUGCCCUGAUGCUGGUCGAUCUAUCGUGCCUCAUCCUCAUUUCCCACACCACAGUGUAAACCUUACCGUUUGGCAGGAGACAUUCGCCCUCCAUUCGCCCUGCGUAUCCGGGGGCUCUCGAGGAUCGAAUAAGCCAUUCUUUCGGCCUUCGCCGCCUCCUUUUCUUCUUCCUCCUGUCGUCUCUUGUUGGCUCCCUCGCAUAUCACUCUCGUCUUUGUCUAACGCAACCUCCCUACCAGACACUCUGGUCUUUGCCUGCGAGCAGGACACGAAACAACCACAUUCAACAUCAUCCCUCGCCAUCUCCUCUUCGGCCUUCGUCGUUUUCUUUCUCACCAUGCUGUCCAUCCAGUCGUUAUGACAAUAAACGUCCUGAUGGACACCAACCUUAUACUCGUUUGAUCUCGAUUUGAUCCCACCAGCCUUGCUUCUCUGAGGAUUUCUCGAAUUCUCGCUGGGACGCCUUGACGAUUCAUUUUGAUCCAUACAGCCGCUCGAUUCUAAACCGAAAUCUUAACUUCGACUUUGCACGCUUACACCCUUGAACCGAUUGCCUUUGUUUCUUCUGGGUGGCGCACUCGAAUUGGUGGCUUCUUUGUCUUUUCGUAAUCCCUUUCGGAUACGCGUUCAUAGAGAGUCCCGUCGUUGUUCUUUGCUGGGAAGACCGUUCUAGAUUUUCGGCAUUUAACGAGUUCUCUAUUAACGGCACCGAUCUCUUCAAGUCUUCUCUUUCUGCAUCAAGUUUCGUCCUUCUACGAUACCCAUGCCUAUUAUUCCUGUCGAUAUGUUACAAAUAUCAAAUGCUACCAAUACUCCUGCGAUCGAUGGUGAUGAGGUGCCUGCUGAACCCGAUGAACCGCCAGAUCAUCGCGAUUCUAGAUCCAGACCUUCCUUGAUCACGACCCGUUCUUCGACCCUCCCCCCUCCGGCAUAUGCCAAGACCAAGACCAUCAGCGUGGAUGGGAAGAAGCCAGAAUCGCUCCUCACUCGAGCUCUGCUGAGCAGUCCGGAGCUGACCCCUGUCGAGCCAUCUCCAGCGAAUCUGCAGCCAAUCACGGAGCUGAGUGGGCUGACCAACUCUUCCGCCGUAUCGAAUCGCAGCCUUCCCUCCACAGCCGAGCUGACCAGUGAUAGCGAGACCACCAGCCCUCUUCGUUCCAACACGCCAAGUCCGCCUUUGCAAUAUAACCGGUUGCCGCGGAUUGAUAACCAUGGCAAUAUUCACAAGGGGUCAGCUGACGUUGGCGAAUUGCAGGUGGAAGCGAGCUUGGGCCGCAAACGCUGCAUAACUUUUGCUUGCGGUGGAAGGCUCCUCGAGGAAGAAAAGAAAGCGUCGAGCGAGCCUAUGAAGGAGACGCCCAAGGUAGAACCCCCGAAACGAAAGUCAGCUCUUACGUUUGUUUGUCCUGUGCGUCCAUCUGGUUCCGAUGGAGAGGUUCAAAAGGACGGUGCUGCGAGCCGCAGGAUUCUCCCAGGUUCCCGAGGUAGUCGAUCUCCGGCGCCUCCAACGCUACGCAAGGCUAGCCAGGUAUCCAUAGUCCCUUCUGAGCAGAAAAGCCUUUAUGCUGAGGCCAGCCCUGAAAAGACUAGUUCUAUAAUCCAAGAGAAAGCGAAGGAUACGUUAGAGCUUUCAGAUGCUGUGCGCUACCAUGAGUUCGGCAGCGAAUCGGAUGAGGAUGACUGGAUGAACCAGGUCACCGACUAUGAGCGGAAGAUCACCAUGAAUGACUGCAUGAGAAAGGAGAUUGCGAUCCGGAAACUCGGUGAAGAGGUAGAGGAAGAGGAUAGACAAGCGGAAGAUAAUGACAACGAAGAUGAAGACGAAGAAGAUGAUGACGAUGAUGAUGACAACAAUGAUGACGACGAUGUGGAUGUGGAUGUGGAUGUGGAUGAAGAUGGUGAUGACGGUGAUGAUGAGUCUACUGUGCAAGAUGGUGAUGAGCCGGAUGAUGGGAACGAGUCUGAUAAUGAAGCUGGAUUCGCGUCUUCUGACGAAAGUGACGAUUCCGGAGAGUACGGGUUUUGGACCCCUAAGGUCGCAUCUGGCGGAGCUACUGACCAGCAUGGCCUCAGCCGAGGCAUCUCCAGACGGGAUUCAAAUACGUCCGUCGAGUCCCACAGCCAGAGACGUAGCAAGCCUAUCAAGCUCCCCAAAUUUCGCCCAGGUACCCCUACACUGCCUGACAGCACAGAUUUCGUGUGCGGCACCUUGGACGAGGAUAGACCUCUAGAAGCAGCCUACAUUUCAUGCAUGGAAGAACGUCGCCGCUCGAAGCACAUUCCAAUUCCCCAGGAUAUUGACCCCAGCUUCCCUACCUCAGAUCCAGAGGAUGAGGAUGAUGACAACCUAGAAGGCGGUUCCGCUACCAGUGCUAGACCGCAUGGCCGGGGCUCGGGCCCUUUUCAAGGAUUCGACGAAGAGUGCUUGCGUGGAAGAUCCAAAGGACCUGCUAGCCGCACAAGCCCGAAUCACUCACCGAAACGUCUGCAAUCUCCGCCUCCCCGUCGUCUGUUCGGUCGUUCACCCAAACGGCUGAGGUCACCGCCUCCUGCACGGCUGAGAUCACCUCCUCCAACACGUCGCACAUCUGUCACGCAAGCAUCAGGGAGCGGCGCUUGCCGCGUGCAUUUCACCGGUCUCGCUCAACGACCACACCGGAUUCGGACUUCGUCGCUUCCUCGUACUCCAAAUCCUUACUUUGCCCGUCUUGCCCAGCAUCGUCUAUCCUCUAGGACAUCCUCGUCUUCCCCUGUUCGCGCUUCACGUCGUCGUAACAAACACACCCGCGGACCGAUCGACAUCGUUGCCGGUCUCGAAAAGAAGCGAGAGAAGCGCAAAGAGAAAUUCUGGCGACAGCAUUGUCGCAAAGCGGCCAAGGAGCAGCUGGAGCGGAAACGGCCUCUGUGUGGCAAAGGCGCAGAACGUAUGAGAGAGCUUGGCCUUGAAGUUGCGGAGCGGUUCAAAGCCUACAACGUUAUCCAAGAUGCUCAGCUCGUCUUAUCCGUCUGAAUCUUUGAUGUGCCUUCGAAAAGAGCCAUGUCUCUGCAUCCGGCCAAAAGUAAAUAAAACAAAAAAUCGCAAUGAGCGGCCAGAGUUAAGUUCUCUCCGCGGGAACAAUCGGCGCUACUUUACAGAUUCACUUCUUUCUUUAACCUUGUCUUUUCUUGUACAUACUCCCCCCUUCCUCCCCCUUUUCUUUUUUUCCCAGUCGCGAGAUAUACAGCCUUGCAUCCUUUUCUCUUUUAUUCCCUUUGCUCUCUUUUUUUUCUUUUUCUUUUUUUUUUUUAAUGCAGAGGCUCUAUAUUCCUUUUUAAUACUAGGUUUGGCUUGGGAACGCGAUACCUUCUCGGCACUGAGGCAGAGGGCUUUGCUAGUCUACAGGUUUAAAUGGGGGAAAGGGGGAUUGUCUACUUGGUGGUUUUGCCGAUGCUCUUGAUAAAGAUUGCUUUUAUCCUCCUUUUUAAAGUCUGGAAAGUUUCGUUGAAUGCGAGAAUAUUAUAUUUGUAGGUAGCCGCCGAGCGAAUGCAUACAUAAACACGCAGAACUGGUCGAUUUACCAACUGUGGUACUGGAUGUUGCACUCUCUAAGCUCCUGGGAGAUGGUCAAGGAGAGAUAUGAAAUUAUUGCUCAGCCACAAUGCUUGUCAAGUUGACUUUGAUUGAUAUUAAAUAAAAGAUCAGAAGGUGAACUAUCAUCA